AUGAAGAUAGUGGUUGAUACGAAGUAUGUUACGAUAAAUGCUGUCGAUGUGAUAGUUAUAUUACAGGUGAUCUUACUGGUUGCAGCAAACUAUGUAAUACACAAGAUGGCGCUUAAUCAGAUACUGAAAGCAGGAAUCUUGACAAUGCGGCUGUUGCUGCUGAUGUACUACUUUUUUCUGAUGCUGAUAGAAAUCUAUGAAGAAUGGAAAAGGCCCAAACACAUUUUUGACGUAGAAAAUAUCCGGAAUAUAUCGUUUCUGUGCGAGUUUAUUAUAAUACUCGCGUUGUUCUGUAUAUGCCUUAAUCAGAUCAAAACAAAUCCAACGCAUACCUCCAGCACAGCAGCAUCGAUACUGAAUAAAACUGCACAGGUGGGAGGCCUCUAUAUCUGUGUGCUGUCUAGGAAGAUGUUUACAAAAGAUAGCCGGCCUGAUUUGAUUCGAUUCAUUUUUUCUUUGAUAUUUAUUUCAUUGAUGAUGGUUGCUAUACUUGUGGAUUAUGUGGUGCAUAGAAGACAUAUUGCAGUCGGUGCAAUAAGCAAUGGCCAGACACACCAGUUCCGGGACACUACAUUUAUUUGUGGAAUGGUGUUGAUGCCGAUUGGAUCGCUGUUCAAGAAGGAUAUUGAGAAGGACAUACUGUUUCUGAAAAUAGGAUGCAGUGCUAUUGCAAUACUGUAUAUCAUUGUAUAUACUGUAUGA